AUGGCUGGAAAACCAUUAUCUAAUGAGAGGAGAACAACCCACGCUUCAGUGGCAGAUAAAGAAAAUACACAUGACCGGACGAGCAUUGCACAGUCUGAGUAUAACCAUUCAAAUCCAGCAGAAUGGGGCCCAGUGCCGCCCAUUGAAAUUCUAAGAGAUUUAAGCGGCAUCCAGAAUGGCAGAGACACUUAUGUUCAACUUGAGGGAACAUUUUACGGCCCACAGCUCGAUAGUAUUGCGGAACAGACCGACCAAGAGAGGACACGCUUCAACCCGUUAACAAGUAAUGCGUUGUUCAAUCCCUUUCUAGACUCCCAGCUUAACAACAUCCAGCUCGACCAACUCAACAACUCACAGCUUGAUAACAUCGCAAGGGAGACAGACCAGGAGAGGACACGCUUCAACCCGUUAGCAAGCAACGCGUUGUUCAAUCCCUUUCCAGAUUCCCAGCUUGACAACAUUCAACUCGACAACAUCCAGCUCAACAAUCUCCAGCUCGACAGUCUCCAGCUUGACAACAUCCAGCUUGAUAACAUCCAGCUUGAUAACAUCCAGCUUGAUAACAUCCAGCUUGAUAACAUCGCAAGGGAGACAGACCAGGAGAGGACACGCUUCAACCCGUUAGCAAGCAACGCGUUGUUCAAUCCCUUUUCAGACUCCCAGCUUGACAACAUCCAGCUCGACAACAUUCAGCUCGAUAACUCCCAACUCGACAACAUCCAGCUCUAUAACUCCCAGCUCGACAACAUCCAGCUCUAUAACUCCCAGCUCGACAACUCUCAGCUUGAUAACAUCGCAAGGGAGACAGACCAGGAGAGGACACGCUUCAACCCGUUAGCUAGCAAUGCGGUGUUCAGUCCAUUUUCCAGUUCUCCGCUCGCUAACACCUCGUCAUCCCUUGGUCCGACCGGAACUGACUUUGCGAUUGGUGAAAUUCAUUAG